ACUUACACUGUAUUUAGCAGCCCCGAGCGCGCGUCUCAUUGAAAGUUCGUCCUGAGGGGGUUGCGUUGAGGGGAUUUGAUUGUAGCCAGGGAAUGAUUCACAGGACACGGGCGCUUUGUUCCUGUACAGUCCGGUUACUGCUGCUGCUGCUGGAGAGUUCGGGCUUCCAAGUCACCAGUUGAACUUAUCGGUAUGAGAAACCAACAGGCUCCUAUUCUUAAAGUGAAUGGUUUCUACCCGGACAUAGAGCCUUUGUGCAGAGGCAGCGCGUACCAAGAGAAAGUGGGGGGAUCCCACAGCAUGUGUAUUGCAGCCUCUGAAGGGGGGAGUGAUCUGUCCCCCAGUUGCCAGUUGGAGUGCGGGAAAUUCAAGGAGAGCCCCAAAGAGAAAGUAUUUCUUGCUCAGCCAGUGUUCGUUCUUGACAAGAAGGAGAGACCAAUCAAGAGACCCGCUGAGACCUUGAAUCUUCAGCAAAAUGCUCAAUGUGUGUUUCCUGCAAGCCUCAGUGUGUAUCCUGACAAGAGGGAACGAGCCUCCUCUUUCACUUACAGACCAACCACAUCCCCACCUCGUACAGACAAUAGUGUUUCGGAGAAACGAGUUCGUUCGUCUUCAUUUAGUCUCCUCUCUUCCUUCCCUCCAUCCCCGUCAGAUCUAAGAAAAAAUGUGUUUGCGCCUUCCAGUUUGAUACAGGAUCACCCAUUGAUCACUACAAGCAGCCCAGGGAAGUCCCAGACGUGGAAGGUUAUCAAGCCGGCCACCCUGCAGGUUCCACAGAAAACAAUAUGCCAAGAAGUACACAAUGCAGAAUGUGAAUCAGCACCAAGUCAGCUGGACAGUAAGAUGCAGCCUCAAGACAAAAACAAGUCGGCGCUGGAUAACAACAGCAAGAUUAAAUUUGCCCCUGCAUGCAUUUUGGACCAGAAAACAGAAAGAAAUCAGCCAUUUGUUCAAGCGUUUGGAGCAGACAAAAAUACUUCUGAUUUUGUCUUUGGAGAAAACAUGGAGAAGCGAGUUAUGAGCCCGAGGAGACCUUUGUGUUCCCAGAGCAGUAAAGCCCAAGGGAAGUGGGAAGCAGCCUCUUCCCGAUCAUUGACAUCUCACAGGAGCUGGCCUUAUCCACGGAAUGGUGGGAAAACAUGCACCAGCCUCAUUGAAUCUGCCGCCGCCUACACCUCCAAACCCAGAGUCAAGUAUGAACUGAAUCAGAUGCAAAUCAUAACUGGAGAAGAGUCUGAGCGCAAUGUUUUACAGAUAAACUGCAAGCUUUUCGUUUUUAACAAAGACACUCUGACGUGGACAGAAAGAGGUCGGGGGUACCUGCGGCUUAAUGACCAAGCUGAAAGUGACAAUGGAAUUUUCCAGUCUCGAAUAGUGAUGCGAAACCACGGCAGUUUGAAGCUCCUUUUAAACAGCAAAAUCUUUGAGCAAAUGAAGUUAGAGAGGGCGAGCAGAAAGGUCCUGCGUAUUAUGGCCACCGACCUUAUGGACCACAGCCUCAAAGUUUUCUUAGUCCAGGCAAGUGUGAAGGAUGCAGGGCGUCUCUUUGCUGCCAUUCACCACCGCCUUGUCGCUCUGCGGAGCAGCAGCCAACGGAAGGCUGAGACCACUCAAGCUGAGGCAGAAUCGCGUUUUCAACUUAUCAACAGUGACUCUGAAGAUGAAGAUGAAAUGACUUUGAUUCACCGUAGCCUUUCUGAGCAUGAUCAGUGGAUCAGAAGGCAGCCUGUCAUAUACUCCUGACAUCCAGUAUUUCUGCCUUGUUGUAGAGUAAGAUGACACAGCAGCGCAGUCUAUGUGAAGGAUGAAUCUACUAUUGGCGCAGCCAUUCGUUCUAAAUUAUCUAUAGACUGGAACUAAAGUCACCAAAGGAAAAACAGAUGUGCCAAAGACACAGCCGUGAUUUACCAUAAAGCAUGUUUGCAACGUUUGAAUAUUAUGGAGACUGUAUUGUUGUUCAGGGGGCUGUUUAGACCCUGCAAAGACAUUUGUUUCCCACCACUGGAGAAGUUCAUAGAAGAUUCUGCCAAAGACUUUCUAUAGGAAACGUGGGGUGAAUUACACACUCUCUUCUUGUACUGUAUAUACCUCAGAUAGGACUUUCACUCAAGACUUCAGUGAACCCUGGACCAUGCAUUUCUAUUCUCAAACUCUUGACUGGAGCACCGCGGAUUAUGUUUUUCCUGCGUGGGCCGCAAUUUCUUUCUCCUUAGCUUUUGGACUGGCCAAACAUAGGGUUCUUCUCAUGAGGUUCUUCUAUAUCCCUUAAAUCUGGAGUUGUUUGCAUGUGUUCAUAGGAAUCUAAGAAGAUACUUUAUUAAAGAAGCAUGGAUAGCUCAUCAUAUUGAUGGCAAACAGAUAUCUUUUGGGCUUUAAAAUAUGCAAUGAUUAUUUAUUUUUUAACUAUUUUCAAAUAGAUGAAUAUUUGAUUAUGAGAUUUCAUAUUGGUCCCAAUGGCUUUCCCUCUUUUGCUUUCCUCAAUGUUAAAGGGGAAACUAUCAUCAUUUUUAUUAGUGAUGCACCGAAUCCACUAUUUUGGAUUUGGCCGAACCCCCAAAUCCUUCGCAAAAGAUUCCGCCGAAUCAGACUGGGCCAGGGGGACACCGGGAAAAAACCUGGUGGGCCCUGGCUCUUUUGGGCCCUGCUGCACCAGACCCGCUCCCUGUACUCACUUUCCUUACCCCUCUCCCUGACCCCAGUUGCGCUGGAAAGAGGUAUUUUGCAGCUGAGAGUCCUGGGAGAUGGUGUGGGUGGACCCUGAGGCUGCAGGCCCUGGGCCCCCCAGACAGACGCUGCUGGGUAGUUAAUGCCCCUAUGCAAUACCAGCUCUAUAAAUGUGAAGUUAAUAACUCUGAUGUUGUUCCCUAUUCUUCCUAAGCUUUCAAAUCUAGCCAUUGCUCUCCUGUGCUGUGAAUUCUGGGCAGGGGCCUAGCCAGCUCUGGACUGGGAGUCAAAAAAGGGCCCUGGCAAUUCAAUAACACAGAGCCCACUAGCCCACUAAAUAGUGGCUUUCUAGUAGGGAUUACUAUUUUGGAUUCCGAACAUCCGAAUCCUUCCCAAAAGAUUCAUCCGAAUACCGAACCAAAUCCUUAUCCUAAUUUGCAUAUGCAAAAUAGUGGUGGAAAGGGGAAAACAUUUUUUACUUCCUUGUUUUGUGACAAAAAGUGAUGCGAUUUCCAUAUAAAAUAAAUUUGCGAAAAUUUGGCCGCGCAUCAGAAUAAUCUGACUGCCAAUAUAGGCGUGCGUAUGACAAUUGUUGAUGCACGUCAAAAUAAUUUUCUUCAAUGAGUUUAGCAAAUUUUUUGGCGAAACUGGAAAAAUUCGCCCAUCACUAUUACAGAGAAAAAGGAAAUCAUUUUU